UUCUCUAUACUCCAAUCCAGAGGCACAGGAGAGAGAGAGAGAGAGCGCCAGAAAGGCACUAGAGUACGCUCCUAGAGAGAGAGAGAGAAUCUCCCAGGUCUGAAAUUGUCCAAAAGACUGAACUCACACACACAGGAGGAAAAAAAAAAGGAAGAAGAGAGGAAUUGGAAAGGCACAGAGAAGCCCCUAAUUUAUGGCUUUUUCCUCCCCAAAACCCAAUGCAAAGUGAUGAAGAAAAUCAAUGCCUUCUCCUAUCCACCACCAAACCUUGGUAGAGUGAGAACAAUACUCCAGUCCUCCUACAAGAGGAGCCGGCAGGGAAUAAGAAGACCAGAAGUUGACAAACUUUUCCUGUUCUUCGAGAAGCCCAAAUUUUCUCCUCUUCUUCUUUUCUCCACUAGAUAGAGAAAGGGGAGAGAGCGAAAGAGAGAGGGAGUCGAGGAGGAAGAGAAGAUCCCUCUCCUCAUCGUCGUCUGGCGGCCAAUCUAAUCUUGGUCUACUCCCGUCCAUGGCUCCGUAACGAAGGAUUGUAUCUCUGUCCAUGUGGAUGGCGAUAAAUUAGUACUUGUUUAUAGGUGUUGCUGUUUGUUUGGUUGGCCUUGUCUCCUUGUUUGAGGAAGUGGGGAAAGGCGGAAUCUUUUGUUGGAUCAUGGCACUUCCAAUGCGCUUCGUCUCCCCGUGACACGGUGAGCAGGUCUUUCUUGCUGACGCAGCCUGGACUCUUCAUCUGCUUAUGAUAAAACUGAUAAGCUGGCAUUCAUAGCUCAGUUUCUUGGGAGAUACACAUACAGAGGCUUCAGUCUCGGCUUGCAGAAUCCCUCAGCCACCGUCGUUAGCUCGGCUCGCAGAAUCCCUCGCCACCGUCGUUUUGCAUCGCAGAACUUGGUCACUUCCAGGUGCAUUUUCCUGUGCUGCAAAAGGUGCUGAAUAAACCGGCUGAACAAGCCAGUGGUCCUUCAACUACAGAGGCCUGAUCUGCAGAUUCUUCCAUUGGGUACUGUUUCAUAUUUGGCCACUUUGACUUUUCUGUGUCAUUACUUGACAGAUAUGGUAAUAAAAGCUGAGGGCGGGCAGAAUACUUUGACAUGGAACAUUCUAGUGUAAAUUCUAAUGGCAAUGUGUUGCCGUAUCACAAGGAGAACAAACCAAGUGUGUAUCUUGCUGAGAAGUUCACAAUAAUAGCUUCAAAUGGAUCUGUACAUUACGACAAGGAAAUGAUAAAGCGGACAAUGCUUGUGCAUGAAGCUACAUUUCGGAAACAGGUGUAUGAGCUUCACCGUCUUUACAAAAUUCAGAAGGACCUAAUGGCACGGUUCCAAAGAGAAGAGCUCAACGGUUGUUCUAGUUAUGCUGAUGUAUUGCAGCCAAGGUCCUCUGCAUCACAGGCACUGGUUGUUGAUGUUAAAGGAAUGCAGCAAACUGCAAAUCCUAUUUCUGGACAUGAUCCUAAGCAAUCAUGCAUCGAUUUGAUAAAUGAAACUAGUUCACAAUAUAGUGUGAGCGGAACUCCUUUGAGGCAUAACAAUGUUAGGUCUCAAAAGAAAAUGUUUGACCUGCAGCUUCCAGCAGAUGUAUACGCUGACGGGGAUGAUGAUGUGGAGAUACUGGAAGUGAGGCCUUCAAAAAGUUUGCCUGUGGCGAAUGGUUCUGUUCUUUUUGGAAAUGUCAAGCUCAACCUUCAAAGUAGUGAGGGCUAUUCACAUAUGAAGAGUUGGAGUACUGAUAUACAGGCACAUCACAGCUCAGCUGCGCAUAUACUGAAUAAACCAGUUGAAGAAUCAUCUAGUACGAAUAUAACAGAUUUUCUUGGUGCGGGAAUAUCUGCUCCCCAGAACCAGCAUUAUGUACAGGGAGUGGACUUGAACCUCAUAAGGUUGGAAGCAAAACUAAAAGAAAAAUGUGCUGGUAAAGCAUCUGGUUCAAGGUUCUUUGGAGAAAAUGAGGAAAUAAGGAACAUCAAAUCAUUUCAACAGAGAAAGGAUGACUCAAACACUGGCAUGGCAUGGAACAAACAAAAUUGUACUGGUUCCUCAAUGGGGCAUUCCGCUCCCAGUGCUAGCACCUUCAAUCACUCGAUCCUUGCUCCGCUUGGCUUCAAUCAUUCACUGAAUCCUCCAUGUCAAAGCAACAGCACGAGCUACUUAACUAAGAGUCAUUGUGGCACUGCUGAAACAUUCAUUGCUAAGGAUGUCCUUUCCAAUGGUAUCUCGAUGGAUUCUACUCCAAAGGCACCCUAUCAACAUUCACUGAAGAUUCAGGGAGGUGCAGGAUAUGACAAGCUUCCUGCACUCCAUGAUAACCUGAUGGAUAUAGAUCUGAAUGACACACCGGUUGAUGCUGCUGCCACUUGGGAACAGGGAAGCGAGAAAUCAGUGGUUGAUAUGUCUUGGCUCAGCAAGAAAUCAGUAAGCCUGAUGGAAUCACAACUCACAUCAAGUUAUGCAAAGGACCAUUCCCAGAUUUUGCCUAGCCCCACAUUAUAUUCAGAAAGUAGCACAAGAGUCCCCACCUUCCCCAUCAGUGUUGGCACUGAAAAAGAUUCUCAGUGUUCUCCCACUUUACAGUAUGACCUAAACAUUGGACCAUCGAUUAAGUGUGAAGCUGACAUGGAAAUUCAACCCCAGUGCAAGGAAAGUGACACAAAUAUUAGGAAUCUCAUUGACCUGAAUGAAGCCUUGCCAAUAAUCGAUGAUCCAGAGAUGGAUGCUCAUGAAUCAGGUGAAAUUGUUGCUCAUGAACCCAAUGAUCCUUCACAGGAUUAUAUCGCUAUAGCAGCAGCAGAGAGGCUGGUAGAAAUGUGGAAUGAUAGCAUUCAGCCAGCAUCUCCUCAACCUGAGAUUUUGCAUUGGUUCGCUGAUCUAGCUAUAUCCAAAGAUAACACAGUGUUGAACAAGGACAGUGAUGAUGACUUUGAGGCUGCAACAUUGAAGCUGCAAGAAACCAAAAGCAACGAGUACCAUUCAACACAAAGAACCACCCAGGCGGAUAACCGUAACUGUGGCCAUAGCUCUGCAGCUUCAGUUCUUAUCUCAAAGCCUCAGAGAGGUAGAGGGCGAGGACGUCGACAGAGGAAAGACUUUCAGAAGGACAUCCUGCCAGGCCUUGCGUCAUUGCCAAAGCAUGAGGUGUCAGAGGAUCUUCGUGCACUUGGAAGGUCCAAGCCAACCACGCCGGCAAAACGUGGCCGGAACAAGCAGCAACCGAGAGGGAGGCGCCGGGCAAGAAGUGUGGCUGUUGCCAUGGAGGUAGAGGAAGCCAAGGUCAGCCCACCACCACAGGCAUCACCAUCUCUUCUCCCUGCUGACUUGGACGCUGAUGCACUGGGCAUAACAAGGUGGGGAAGGACCACCAGACGUUGUCGAAGGCCCAGGUGCCCGCCAGUGAACAAUGCAUCGUUGCGUGUAGCUUGAGAGAGUUUUAGGUACCUUAGCUGAUGAGAAUUGGUCAGAAUUUAGAAACUCCUUUUUUUUUCCCUGACGAGUUGGAGGGAAAUUGGCAAACUAGUAGGUUAAAAGUAAUCAGUCAAAUUGUACAUGCUUCUCAGCACUAAUUUGGUCUACUGAGACCUGGAUCGGAUCAAAACAUUUUGUACAUCUCUUUGAAAUGAACUCUAUUCCUAAAGAAACGCACCUGGAGAAUUAGCCUUUCUACAA